AUGACGAGAUCUUUACCUGUUUUACAUAGAGCCUCCCACUGGCGAGGGACCAUUAAACAGGUACUAUGUGGGGAAUAUGGCUGCACUCAGCAUCAUUACAACAUUAAGAUCUGUGUGUCAUCUGGGGAACAGGUUCACAUUAAGAUCUGUGUCUCAUCUGGGGAACAGGUUCACAUUAAGAUCUGUGUCUCAUCUGGGGAACAGGUUCACAUUAAGAUCUGUGUCUCAUCUGGGGAACAGGUUCACAUUAAGAUCUGUGUCUCAUCUGGGGAACAGGUUCACAUUAAGAUCUGUGUCUCAUCUGGGGAACAGGUUCACAUUAAGAUCUGUGUCUCAUCUGGGGAACAGGUUCACAUUAAGAUCUGUGUCUCAUCUGGGGAACAGGUUCACAUUAGGAUCUGUGUCUCAUCUGGGGAACAGGUUCACAUUAAGAUCUGUGUCUCAUCUGGGGAACAGGUUCACAUUAAGAUCUGUGUCUCAUCUGGGGAACAGGUUCACAUUAAGAUCUGUGUCUCAUCUGGGGAACAGGUUCACAUUAAGAUCUGUGUCUCAUCUGGGGAACAGGUUCACAUUAAGAUCUGUGUCUCAUCUGGGGAACAGGUUCACAUUAAGAUCUGUGUCUCAUCUGGGGAACAGGCUCUGGUUAAAAUCUGUGUCUCAUCUGCAGAAAAGGUUCACAUUAAGAUCAGAGUCUCAUUUAGGGAACAGGGUCACGAGGAAGCUGUAUCUCUACAACACUAAACCAGGAAAAUGCAUCUCUACAACACUAAACCAGGGAGAUGUAUCUCUACAACACUAAACCAGGGAGAUGUAUCUCUACAACACUAAACCAGGAAGAUGCAUCUCUACAACACUCAACCAGGAAGAUGCAUCUCUACAACACUAAACCAGGAAGAUGCAUCUCUACAACACUCAACCAGGAAGAUGCAUCUCUACAACACUCAACCAGGAAGAUGCAUCUCUACAACACUCAACCAGGAAGAUGUAUCUCUACAACACUAAACCAACACCAGCAGGUAUUCCUGGGGGCUUCAGGUCGUACCUGGGCUUUACCUCCUGCAGUGUUGAAUAAAUAUACAAUG